CCAUUGGCACCGCGGGUGCUGCAGCAGCGCCUGGGGCUCUCCGCCCCCAGACAUAAGAAGCCAGCGAGUCCCCAGGCCGCCCAACCACAUUACAUUGGUGUGCUGCAGCCCCGCCGCUGGCAGGAAGGGCCACACUGUGACCAUGUCCAAGCUGGAGAAGGCCAUGAUCACCAUCAUUGAUGCCUUCCACCAGUACUCAGGGAAGGAGGGAGACAAGCACAAGCUGAAGAAAUCGGAACUCAAGGAGCUCAUCAAUAACGAGUUGACCCAUUUCCUUGGUGAGAUCAAAGACCAGGAGACUGUGGACAAAGCGAUGGAGGUGCUGGACAGCGAUGGGGAUGCAGAGUGCGACUUCCAGGAGUUUGUAGCCUUCAUUGCAAUGGUCACUGCUGCUUGCCAUGAGUUCUUUGAGCAUGAGUGAGCUGGUGGGAAGCAGGUGAACACCUCCUACUCAUGCUGGAGAGAUGCAGAGCAGCAUUGCUCCUCCAGGGAAAAUAGCUGGGCACAAUUAGGGGCUCCUUGGAGUAAAGCUUGUGCAAGACUUAAGCAGCUUAUUAAGUUCUGCGGCUUUGUGAACAAGAAACACCUGCAUGGCUCAGGAAAGCCCAUCAGUGGUGUGCAAAUGCCUUGUCUCAAGCUCCUUCCCUGCUGCUGUAUGCAAGGGAUGUGCACGGGGCUGAAGGCAGGCAGAUGCUGUGAUCCAAGCUUGCUUGCAAAGGAAAAGGGAAAUUCAAGGGCUGAAGUAGGAGGUGAUACAGAGGGGCUGGUUACAGAAGUUGGUUCCGAGCCCACUGGCCUGAACGGAAAGGAUCCCGUUGAUUCCUGUGGGCUCUGACUGCCCUGUGCACAGUACUAACUCAGGCAGCACAGCCCCUGUCCCGUCACAGGGCCUCAGCAGAGCCCGUGCAUUUCCUGGCAAAUUGAGACACCCUUGGCUUGAAAGGCUAAGCAUAACCAUCUAACAGCCCAGGCUUUUUUCUUGUUGAUGAAUCCUCUUGCUUUUAGUAGCCUGCAGAACUGAAAGUGAAAGCGUAUGAUGCUCCUGGGCUGGGGACAGCUUCUGGGCCUGGGAUGUGCCUUGGCAAGGUCUCCAGGCUCAGACACAAGGGAAGGGGGCAUAUGCCCAGUGUGACCACAGUACUCGAACAUAGAUUAGGCACAGUCUCUGGAAUGUGUGGAAAUGGUAAGAAUAAAAUGUUGUUUUGGUCUCUGGGCUGCAAUUCA